UAGAGUUAUAAUACCUCUAUGGUUCUAUGCUGUGUUUGUCAAAGUCAAAUACAUACAUGAUAUAUGUCAAAAAUUGGUUACUGAUAAGUCAUAAUAAAAAAAAAGGAGUUUGUCUUUGGUUGGAUUAAAAAACAAAUAUAAAUAGAAAAAUGUCAGCAGAAAAUCGCCCUGAGCUGUAUGAGGAAGUCAAGCUAUAUCACAAUGCCAGGGAAAGAGAGAAGUACGAUAAUUUAGCAGAUUUGUAUGCUGUAAUAAACACUUUGCAACAAUUAGAGAAGGCAUAUAUUCGAGAUUGUGUAGUGGCAAAGGAAUAUACAGGAGCUUGUAGUAAAUUAUUAGUUCAGUAUAAGGCUGCGUUUCGACAAGUCAAGAGUGAUGAAUUUCCUACACCAGACGCCUUUGUUAAGAAGUACAGGCUUGACUGUCCUGCAGCUUUAGAACGUAUCAAGGAAGAUAGGCCAAUCACUAUCAAAGACGACAAAGGCAACACUAGUCGAUGCAUUGCUGAUAUCGUAUCGCUAUUCAUCACUAUAAUGGACAAACUGCGGUUGGACAUUCGUUCGAUGGAUAACUUACAUCCUGACGUGAGGGACUUAGUAGAUACUAUGAACAGACUUAGCAUUCUGCCAUCGGAUUUCGAUGGAAAGGUAAAAGUGGCUGAAUGGUUAAAUACUUUAAAUGAAAUGCAGGCCUCUGAUGAAUUAUCCGAAGCUCAAGUGAGGCAACUGUUGUUUGAUCUUGAAAGUGCGUAUGCGUCCUUUAAUAAAGUCCUUCAUAAUUCUGCCUAAAUGUACGAGAUAGUUGUUAUGAUUGUUACACGUUUAUGUAAAUAUUAUAAGCAAAAAAAAUUGAGCUAGAUAGUUAUUGGCAAUGUAUGCAUUUAUCAAUUUUAACCCUAAUUGGAAUAAUAAAAUAAGUAUAUUUUAA